UUUUUGUCCUUCAAAAAUCACACACAUUCGGUUUUCUUAGCAGAAAAAAAAAAAAAAAAAAAAUCCAUUUCAAAGAGAAGAAACUUUUUGAAAAUUUUCAGAAGGAAAAAAGAAGUUUGAAGCAAAUUAGUCAUGGAGGACGCUCAGGCUGCUCAAUCAGGAAACUCAGGGAAAUCAAAGCUUCAGCGAUACUCUUUGCGAUCUGGAACGAAAUCGAAGGAAGAGAAACCGCCGGUUGCUGAAUUGUCCAACUCCUCUGCGUCUAGGAGGGGUAGACCUGCAUCAAGUGUGAGUAAAAGUGUAGGAGUCCUUGAUCUCUCUGCUAAGGACAAGCCUGCUAAGCCACCUAGAAGGCUCUCUAUUCCGGCCAAGCCAACUGCAAGUCCAGCUCCAAAACUGGUCGGUAACAUUACUCCAAUUUCCGAGACUAGGGUGAAAAGAUCUGCAACCACCAGUCAAGGGAAAACUGAAACACCUGUUUCAGAUGUUUCACGACCAUCGAGCAGAAAGAGGUUCAGUUGUAUUUUAUCCUCGGCAUCGUAUUGGUUGUCGCAGAUUAAGCUCUCUGAAGCUGUUGCUAAGCACUCAGUUUCACUUGGGUUUUUCAAACUAGCCUUGGAGGCAGGGUGUGAGCCUCUUCAGCGUAUGCGAGAUGAGCUUAAAUCCUAUGCGCGGCGUCAUAACUUGAGUGAGCUUGGAGAAACCGUGAAAGAAUUAUUUGAGAGGUACAAUAUAGUAGAAAAUAUUGAGCAGCUUCAGGUCUCUGAGAGCUGUUCUCAGGUACCUGAAGAGGGGACUCGCUCUUCUGAUGAUGAGGUUCGGAGCUCCUCUUCUACAGUGGGAACUAGUACGAGGAAACUUAAGCCAAAGUCCUUGAACACUGAUGCUGCUCCUAUUUCCCCAGUGACAGAACCAGCAAAGAAGGAUACUGCUCAAAAAACUAAUCCCGCAACCCGAAAUAGGGGGUCUUUGACGAAGACUAAUGCAAAUUCAACAUUGGUUUCUGACACCAGGGCUCGUAAAUCAGUCAAGAAACCUCAGAAUCCAAGUAAGCAAGAACCAAACAAAGAAAAGGAUAUAAAGAAAAAGGGAAGGAAAUUUGCUGGUCAACAAGGUUCAGUUAGCCCUUCUACUGCAGAGAAUGCACCUCAAGAGAACAAAGAAAAUAUGGAUGCUUCCUCAAUGGAAGAGAUCAGUUUGACUGAGGUCGUGUGACCAUUUUUCACCGAUUAUAUGCAGUGUGCUGAAUUGCACCAUUCUCAUAUAUACCUGUUGGGUUUGUCUUCAGUGUUUUUUAGUGGGGGCUUUUCCUUUGUAUAGAUAAAGGUUAUGAUACAAUCUGUUUCAGUCUGUUGUUCAAGUGAACAUUUUAUUUUAUUUUUUUGUUGGUUUUGAACUGGGAUUGUUUCAGUCUUUUUUUUUUUUUUUUUUUUUCUUUUUUUUGGGUGUUCAGCAUUAUGGUGAAUUGUACUAAUCGACUAAACUUUUUCCUAUUUUUGUUCAAUAUUUAUGUAAUCCUUGCAAGCACAAGGGUGAUCAACAUAAUUUUGUUGUGUUAUGUACCGAAAUUUUUUAACCA